AUGACAAUCAUGGCCAUCAUGUCCAUCAGAGUGACCGUGAUCACCAUUGCCUGGUCCAAGAACUUCCAGCACAUGCUGGCCCUGAUGUUUGCUGUCGAGGAGAUCAACAAGAACCCCCACCUCCUGCCCAAUAUCACUCUAGGAUUUGAUCUCUUCAAUGUCAUGCACAGUGAUAUGAGGAUACUGAAGAAUCCACUCAGGUGGCUGACAGGGCUGGACAGAGGCAUCCCUAACUACACAUGCGGAAGAGGGGCCGAGGCUGUGGCGGUCAUAUCUGAGGCUGGAAUUUUAGUCCAGAUGGGAACGCUGCUGGAACUGUACAGGAUCCCACAGCUCGCAUUCGGCCCUCUGGACCCUCUUCUGAGUGACAGCAGCCAGUUCCCCUCCGUCUAUCAGAUGGCCUCAAAGGACACUUCUCUGGCCCUCGCCAUGGUCUCCCUGAUGCUGCACUUUGGCUGGACGUGGGUGGGGCUGGUUGUCUCGGAUGACCAGGAGGGUGUGGCGUUCCUGUCCGAUCUGAGAGCAGAGAUGCAGGAGCUUGGCCUCUGCCUGGCCUUUGUGGAGUUGGUCCUAGUCAAACAGAACUCAGUUUUCUAUGUACUUAUGGAACAACAAGCCCGCAUCAUGACAUCAGCAGCAAAUGUGGUUGUUCUUUUCGGUGACCCAGCCUCGUUUAUGAACUUGAACAUUAUGCUGAUGAGAUCUCUGAUAACAUGGAAGGUCUGGGUCACCACCUCCCACUGGGACAUUGCCACCAACUCGCGCUGGGACUUUCCCGCUAGUGAGCAUAACUUCCUGCUACACUCCUUCCACGGGACUCUCAUCUUCUCCCAGCAGCACAGAGAGAUCGCUGGAUUCCGCCACUUCUUGCGGACAGCAAGCCCUUCCAAGUACCCAGAAGACAUUUACCUAGCCCUGUUCUGGUCUCUGGUCUUCCGCUGCUCACUUUCCAAUGCUGAUUGCAGGACACUUCAGGGUUGUCCCACAAAUGCCUCCCUCGAGUGGCUGACAUGGGAGAAAUUUGACAUGACGCUGAGCGAAGGGAGCUACCACAUCUACAACGCGGUGCACGCCGUGGCCCACUCUUUGCACAAGAUGCUUCAGCACAUGUCAGAAGAGCAGCCGCCAGGGCCAGGGGGGAAGGCCAUGAUUCCCCACUGGCAGCUGCUGCACUCCUUUCUCCAAAGCCUCCAAUUCACCAAUCCCGCUGGUGAUCACGUAAACUUGGACCAGAAGAGAAAGCCGGCUGCAACAUAUGACAUUCUCAACUUCUGGAAUUUUCCCCAAGGACUUGGCCAUAAGGUGAAAGUGGGACACUUCUCCCCCUACGAUCCACCAGGCCAACAGCUGUCUCUCUCUGAGGAGCUCAUAGAGUGGGCCACGGGGAUCACACAGAUCCCACGCUCAGUGUGCAGCCCCAGCUGUGGCCCUGGGUUCAGGGUGACCGCCCGGGCAGGAGAGCCCAUCUGCUGUUUUGACUGCACCCGCUGUCCAGACAAUGGCAUUGCCAAUGCGACUGAUAUGGACCAGUGUGUGACCUGUCCUGGCCACCAGUAUGCCAAUGCAGAGCGUGACCGAUGCCUGGACAAGCAAGUGAGCUUCCUGGCUGUUGAAGGUCCCCUAGGAAUGACCCUGGCCUGCAUAGCUCUGUCCCUCUCUCUCCUCACAGCUGUCAUCCUUGGGGUCUUUGUGAAGCACCAAGACACACCCAUUGUCAAGGCCAACAACCACACCCUCAGCUACAUGCUGCUCAUCUCACUCCUCCUCUGCUUCCUCUGCUCCUUCCUCUUCAUUGGCCGUCCCAACACAGCCACCUGCCUCCUAAGACAAAUCACGUUUGCCCUGGUGUUCACACUGGCUGUUUCUGCCGUGCUGGCCAAAACCAUCACUGUGGUUCUGGCCUUCAAGGCCAUGAAACCUGGAAGGACCAUGAGGCGAUUGCUGGUGUCAGGAGCCCCAAACGCUGUCAUUCCCAUCUGCUUCCUCAUCCAACUGACUCUCUGUGGCAUCUGGCUGGCAACAUCUCCUCCCUUUGUGGACACAGAUGCACACUCUGAGCAUGGACACAUCAUCCUCUUGUGCAACGAGGGCUCCAUCACUGCCUUCUACUGUGUGCUGGGCUUCCUGGGCUCGUUGGCCCUGGGCACCUUCACUGUGGCUUUCCUUGCCAGGAACCUGCCUGACACCUUCAAUGAAGCCAAGUUCCUGACGUUCAGCAUGCUGGUGUUCUGCAGUGUGUGGGUGACCUUCCUGCCUGUGUACCACAGCACCAAGGGGAAGGUCAUGGUGGCCGUGGAGGUCUUCUCCAUCUUGGCCUCUGGUGCUGGUCUCCUGGGCUGCAUCUUUGUCCCCAAAUGCUACAUCAUUCUCCUUCAGCCAGGGAAGAACUGUCUUGAAGAAUUCAGGAAUACUCAUUUCAAGAGCAGCUCUCCUAAGGCUGUCUCACAAUUUUAG